AUGUUUAAUCUUUAUAUCCUGUCAAUAACUGCAUUUCUAUUGUUUGCAAUAUACUGUAACAAGAAUAUCGUGGCAGGAGAUGAUUCCCCUUGCUGGCGAUUGAACGGACGAUGCCAGUAUACCAGUGAGGUAUGUGGUCGGUACAACAGCUCCCCUUUGUGUGGUGGUCCUAACAACAGACAAUGUUGCGUCAGUGGUGCUGACUAUCUCUGUUGGAAGAAGCACAUCAGGGGAUUUUGUCAAGACACAAGUUCAAGUUGCCCAGGUGGCUAUGACGGCGCAAACUUGUGCGGGGGAGGAUACUCUAGACAGUGUUGUAGAAGUAUCAUUUAG